AUGCCCGGAGCUAGUGGUGUCAAUGCUGAGGGGUCUUGUGAGGCCUUGUGUCGAACCCUUGUCUCCCAGAAGGGCCUGCAGCGAGAGACGGCUGACAUCUCCCAUUCUGUCCUCUACACCUCACUGAUGGGCCUGCUUCUGGUCACCGACAACGAGAAAGAGAAGCUCACCGUAGGAAGUGGAAGAGUUGGCCUUAAAAACAUAGGAAAUACAUGCUUCCUGAACGCAGUAGUCCAAUGCUUGUCUCACACGCGUGGCCUUCGGGACUACAGCCUCCUCAAGUCCUACAGGGAUGACAAGUUCUCCAAAGAGGAGAUUAAACUCAUGGAAGCCUUCUCUCAGGUGCUGUCAGGCCUUUGGGAUGGAAAUGAAGGGGACAGAGUCGUAAACCCACGACAGUUUUACAACAUUUUUAAAGAAGCGGUGCCUUACUUCAGUGGAUACAGUCAACAGGAUGCACAGGAGUUCCUCAGGUUCUUAUUGGACAAGCUGCACACAGAAAUCAAUCGCAGACCCUAUGUUCGAAGAGCAGGAAAGGAGCCUGAGCAAACAUUUGCCAGAUUUAGGAUUUCAGAAGAGGCCGCUGCCAUGUGGAAGAAACACUUGGAGAGAGAUGACAGCAGAAUAGUAGACCUGUUUUCGGGCCAGCUGAGGAGCUCGCUGCAUUGCUCCGUGUGCUCCCACUCCUCCAACACAUUCGACGUGUUCUGUGAUCUGUCGCUGCCCAUCCCCAAGAGGAGCUCCGCUGGGCAGGUCACACUGAGGGAGUGCCUGGAGCUCUUCUCUCAGGAGGAGAAACUGGACAAGGACAAUUCCCCUAUGUGUGAAAGAUGUAACAGGCACACUGAGUGCACCAAGCGGCUUUCCAUCCAGAGGUUUCCCCAGGUUAUUGUGAUACAUCUGAACCGUUUCACCACAUCUCGCUGGUCUAUCAGUAAAAGCACAGUGUAUGUGUCCUUCCCUCUCACUAACCUGGACCUCGGACGCUACGGGCCUGUCGACUGUGGUCCAGUUCUGUAUGAUUUAUAUGCAAUAUGUAACCAUGCUGGCACAGUGAACAUGGGCCACUACACAGCCUGCUGUUCGGAUGAAAAUGGUUGGUGCUUCUACAACGACUCCAGUGUUACUCCAGUCUCAGAGAACCAGCUUCAGACCAAUCAAGCCUAUGUGCUGUUCUACCAGCGCAGCAACAGUACCACCAUCAGGAAAUAGACCCGACACUGGCUGAGUCAAGCAGCCAAUCAGAGCAACCUCCAGUGUCCAUAGAAACAAAUAGAAGCAGCAGUGCUGGCAUCUAUGAGCAGCUCAAUCUCAAUGAGCAUGCCCUCAAAUAAUCUCUGUGGAGGAUGAGGGAGACGCCAUGCUCACUUUAAGGAGAGCUUGACGAGGCAAUCUCCCCUCCUGAAUCAACGAGAUGCUUUUGAAGAGUCUCAGUGAGAGACAGAGGCAGCUCAGACACACUUCAGCCUUAAGAGUGUCUGCCCUACUUCUCAGGCAGGAGUGAGCGGUGAACUUGCACACAAUGCAUAGCUCUUGAUGUUAAAUAAUUAUGAUUCAUGCUUGUGAUGCAACAUACACCAAAACAAACAAAAAUACAUAUUUGGUAGAAUACAAAUAGGCAACAAGUGAUGACCCAAUAUAGUGGCAUUUCAUUUAAAUUUGUGAUAAUAAAGGGCACAUGAUUCAAAAUGAAAAGGUCUAGUGUAUGUUUCCUCUGA